AUGGCCAAACCAAAGCAGGCGGGCAACGUCCCCAAUCGGCCGCUCUAUUCUCGCAUAUCCUACCUCUACCAGGCAGCCUCGUACUUGAGUGGUACACGCCAGGGCGAGCAGAUUCAAGCUCCUGCACAGUGCACCGGCGCUGCCGACGGGCUCACCACUGGUCUACAGGAAGACAAGACCAAGUCGCCAGGAAAUGCCAUCCUCAUGCAGUCCGCUUCCCGCCGUUUGCUCACGGAUAUGCGGUCCACUUCCCUCAAGGCCCAGAUCCGCCUGACCUCUGCCGUGAAACAGAAGGUCUGCAGAUAUUGCGAUACCCUCAUGGUGGAAGGCGAGACUUGUACCUCGGUCGUUGAGAAUAAGAGCAAGGGUGGCAUGAAACCGUGGGCCGACGUCUUGGUCAUCACCUGCAAGACAUGUGGUGGACUGAAGCGGUUCCCCAUCUACGCCCCGCGACAAGGAAGACGGUCAUUACGAGCCGCUUCACACAAGAAGCCACAAGAGACACCCCCAGCCGAUUGUCAAAGCACUGGCUGA